AUGUGGGCCGUCGACAGUGGUGCAACGCACCACAUUUGCCACGACAAGACCAAGUUCGCAAGUUUGGCAGAGCGCAAUGAGGGCGAACUCUUGGUUGCUGAUGGCAACAAGGUGGCCAUCAAGGGUGUCGGAACCAUCAUGGAAAAGGUGGUUCUGCCCAACGGUGAAGAGCGUGAGAUCGAAAUCAAGAACGCGCUAUAUGUUCCAAGUAUGAGCAAGAACCUGCUCUCGGUGCCACAGAUUAACAGCCAUGGCAAGUUUCAAGUCGUGUUUGACGGGUCCAAGAUGUAUGUGACUCUCAAGAACUCACAGCAAGUGGUGGCGACAGCGGAUCUCGUGGAUGGACUCUGUUGA